UGACAAAUUAUUCAAAGCUUCACUUUGACGAUGGUCAUUUAUGCAAGAAAUUUUUCGUGAGAACAUUUUUGAACGCUGGCGGUUAAGCACCAAACUAGUGAGUGCUUUCACGAAAUGGAUAGAGAUGACAGCUAAAUUGCCUGUGUAAGGGAUAUCUACGAUGGGGAAAAACUUCUUCAAUAAAUUAGGGAAUAUAUUAAGGGUAUUUAAGGGUGGAAAAAAGAAGGAAUUCGGACCAGACAGAGACGAUCUGACCGACAUAACCAGCGAGAGCGGCAUACAGAGCUUCGGCAGUUCCAGCCAGCAAGAAUCCGUCUGCAUCAACAAGAAUCUCUUCCUCAAGAAGUCCAAAUCGAUCGAGAGUCUCACAACAGCAACCAUCGACAGUGGCGUCGCAGCCAGAGUGAACGAACUCAAGAGGUCCAAUGGCACCUGCGACAUCCUCAGCAACACCAAGGAAGAAGACGUCAAGUGCACCAAGAGCCUGAAUCGCUUCGACCAACUAACCCUCACCAAUAACUGCGUCUUCUCUUACAACGCCAAACUCCACGGAAGCCGCAUCUGGUCGCAAGCCUUGGGAAGGGUUGCAGAACGACCUAAAAGCUCGAAGAACGAAAGUACCAGCUCCUCCACCAUCCGACUAGACUCUGAGGUAUCAAGGGAGGAGGACUGUAUCAUCCAAAAUAACGGCAUCAGGAAUGAGGAAGCCUCAGUCCUUUUCCAAGAAUGGAAAGUGGAUAAAUCUACGGACGUUAAGAAACAAUAUCCUAAGUUGGAGAAUAAGGUUCUCGAAACACCAAAUACCCUCUGCGAUGAAGAAGAAUCAACCGCUGAAAUGUUCACAUCUUCCAAUUCCCAAACCAGUCCAGGAAAUCUAGCAUCCAACGAUUCCGAAUCCAACCCUCAAAUGAGAGACGUAAUUUCGAAUUUACCCCCCAACACAGUACCAAAAACAAUCCUCGAAGAGGCUGAGACUCAGCUGGAUUCCUCCCUACUGGUGCCGAUAGAAGAAAAAUUCGAGAGCACCAAAGUAAUCAUCGAGGAACAGAAGAUGACGGUCAAGAUGGACCUCAAAACCGUGAAGAACGAACAAGGCUUCGACCUCCUCAAGUACGACUUGAAAUCCUCCGGCGAUCACGUGGCCGAAACAACUGAAGAUAUGGAGACCGAGAAGAAACAUCUGAACCUUGUGAACUCCUCCAAACUCCUGUCGGAAAAUUCGACGGAAUACGAAGUGGUCAACCUGGCGCAGGUGGACCUGUUCAGGGAGUUCAAGACGACAAUCUCGAAGAUGCGGAACGUGCUCAACGUUCUGGACGUGAAGAAAUCCUUGCAGUGCGUGAUGGACCGCACCCGGAGCGAGAAAUUGAUCAAGAGGUGCUCCUCUGAAGGUUUCGAAGCCGAGAACAUAUCGACCCAAACAGCCGGAAUGGCCUUCAAUCAAAUCUCCACUUCGACUGAUUGUGGCUUCGGUAACCAGACGAGAAACGAAGGUAUCAUGGUGCAACUUUCGUCGGAGACCACGUCCAAACGGAUCACCCUCGAUUCAAACCUCCUGAAUCAGAUAAAACCCUUGACCAAGACGAAGAGGCGCAAGAGACGUGGCUUCAGAUGUAAAUACAACAAGGUAUCGAAAAAAUCCAUGAACAACGUUUCCUCCAGCUAUGACAAGAAGAAAUCCGACAAGCCGCAUUAUCACAAAUGCGUUGUUUAUCACAUAACGCAACACAAAAACGCUGUAGACAGAUGCGUUGGCACCCCUUGUCCAUCUGUCAAAGAAAAAACCGUACUGAACAAAACCUUCAGUGCCCUCCAUUUUGGACCGAUCAAGGAAUUCUCGAUGCUACUGAACAAACACGAAAAUGAAACUAUGAAGAGGAAGGAAUUAGGGGAGAAGCAAAGAUUGCUUUCGUUGCAAAGAGACGGAAACGACACCGAUUCACAGAGGAGGAAAUCGACAUCUUUCAUCAGUAGCGACACAUCGAACGUUUUCAACCAGUGCAAUUGUCUGAAGAGCAAGACGCAACCAAGUCUCAACUGCAUGACUUCGAAAGACCAUACUUCACAGAGUAACUCACCAGCCAAUUGGUUGGUCUUCGAGCCUUCCUCCUCUGUUGCUGUUAGGGAGAAACAAUCGACAUCGGAAGAUCUGGUGCUGGACAAAAACCGAAGUUCGACGCAGGAAUUGGUCUCGAAUAUCUUGCAGGAGGAGUUCAAGACGUCCGGUCUCAAGGGGAGGAUUUCAAGCAGUACCAUGAACAUGAUAAAAGAUCAGUUUUGCGACAAAUUGAACGGUAUCAAAUGUAAAGACGUCCCGGAUGUAAUGAUAACUGUUUGCGUACCGCUGAAGAGCAUUGUAUCCAAAAUAAAGACUUCGAAGAGAGCUGGGUGCGAAGAAAAGACCAUACCUUCCACGACAACAUCCACAGAAAGCAAAUCGAGGUUUCUUUCCACUUCCGCCUACGACAAAAGCACCCAAAUAACCGUUUCUAAGAGUUAUAUCAACGACAACCUCCAAACAAUUCCAGAGAAGAUGUGCAAGAAAUCGUCGGAGAUUUUCCAACACAAUAAAAUACUCAGGGAGACCAUGUCCUCUAAGAGACUCUCAACAUUCAAGAAGAUAUUCGGAAAUAAGGCUACCAGUUGUUCCAACCUGAACCCUUUCGGUCAUAUGGCAAGGAAAACCAGUAAAAUCUAUUUCUCGGACCACUCCACAAGCUCCCCAGAUUUCCCCUUCAUGCCAAAGGUUAGAGAAGCAUCCCAUUUCUGUCACAAGAAGAUUUCAACAACGCCUAAGCCCUCGUCAAUUUCACUCUUCAGGGAAGAAUUCAGCCUAUGCGGUCCGAUUAGAAAAGAAGGAUUUUUCCUCAAUCUACCACCGAAUCGUUACCGUAAAAAGAGAGAGCAGAUAUCUAGACUGUUCGACGGAUCAGAUUCUAGCGAUCAGAGGUACUUUGGCGAACCCAAACUGUUGUAUCACGUCCACGAGAGCUCCUUCUGCAGCACCAGUAAGACUGACGAUAAAUACAGUUCACGCCGUUUGGAUCUAGAGGCCCCCACUUCCCAAGAAGAGCAUAAGCAACCCUUCAUUCCCCUCCAAGAAGCCUCUUCCAAGAUAGACAUCAAUGUGAAGCCGAAGAUGAUCAGUUUUUCCGACAUGCCGAUGAAAUGCGACUUGGAGGAUACCCCAGAGCCUACUAAAGAUGAGGUGAAGCACGAAGAGCUCCCCAAACCGAACUUGAAGACAGUAGAUGUGAAUACAUCGUAUGCAAAGCUUGUCCGGGACAACGAGACUCAAUUUGAGAUAGAGCUGACUGCAUCUUCCCCGACAGAAAAGAAGGCAGUGAAGAAAAAGGCCAGAAAGACGUUACCGACUGAAAGCUUCUUUAACGAAUGUGUAGAAGAGUUUUCUGCUGUUACCUUUCCAAAGGUGCAUUUCGAGGAUGAAAUGAACGAAGAGCUCUGCGAUGAGUGUAAAGGAAAAAUUAAAAAGGAUAAACAGAGGGGAAACAGCCAAACUGGCGAAAUGCGGAGUACGCAAGUGGAAUUCGUCGAAGCCAACAUCACUGGGGAAAAUACAAGAGAAACCCCUUCGGUCCUAUCACUUUUGGAAGAGGAUGAACCAUCUCCGGAGUUAGUUCAGGAUAAAAUCGACGUUCAGAAGAUUAACGAAUCGCAAACGGAUAAAACGGUGCAAAUCAAAGACGGCCCGAGGGCCAGACAGAAAGAAAAAACCUCGAACAACAAGAAACAACAGAUAAUACUCCAGACAUCGUCAGACUCCAACCUGAUCUUCAUGAACCAAAUGGAGUUUGGCGAUCGAUUGCCGAACUCCGAAAGUACAACUCCGUACGGUAAGAAACGUAACCGUAAAAGAUCCAGGGCUAUAGUGAGGGUAGAAUCGACGCAAGUGGACAGCGUUGCAAGUUUGCCUAGGAAAGAGAAUUUCCUGGUUCAGGUAAAACCGCCAGUUGAUAGCAAGAACGAGAGCAAACUCACAGGUUUGAUAAGAGACGUCGUGAACCUCUGCAACAGCAGCUUCGUAAAAUCCAGAGAUUGCAUAGUCGAACUGACUCUUUACAAUUUGAUCAAGGAGAUCAUCUUGGAACACUGCUCUCAUCUCAGCGAACAGAGCAGACAGAAAGUUGAAUCCAUUCUCGCUGAUUUCAUCAAGGCUUCCAAGCAGAAAGCUGGAAACGACAACGUUGAUAUCGUUGAAUCUGCCAUUGAGAACCUCGUGAAAGAAAUAGGCUCUACGGAAUUCACCGAAAAACAACGGGAGGAGAAGAACGAAGAAGAACUAGGUGAUAAGAAGAAGGAAACUGAACGAAAACACAGGAGACACUCGCGUUCUAAAAGCAAACGGAGAGAACACAAGCACGAGUCCAAACAUCGGAGUCACCACCGAGACGACGAUGGUGAACUAAAAGAAAAACACCGCCAUAAAGACGAAGAGAAGAAAUACAAAACGAAACGCUACCACAAGCAUCAUUGCGAAAAGGAAGACAUCUGUGACAUCGGCAAGGAAGAGUCUGAAUCGAAAUUUCGGAGUGUUGAGGGUAAACGUGAAUACGAAGAGUUGGUUCAACGUUUGAGGGAGUUGGAGGAGGUGACAAAGCAGUUAUCUAGCGUUGCCCACCAAAAACCUACAACAAAUCGGUUGCAAAUAGAAGACACCGACCAUUUGUAUAGGAACAACAAAGUGUACACAGCCUCUGUUCUUGAAAAGCCCAAUUUUGGUUCGAAAAAAAAGAUGAAAUUCAGUUUGACAGAUCUGGGGAAAAUCAAUAAGGAAUUCCAAAAAGAACCUGUUAACGUGAACUUUUUCCAAACUGAGACUGCGCAUCCGAUCAUGCCAGUUCCAAGGAACUACCCAAAACUUCCUGUCACUAAAAUCGUCAUCAACCUGAGCAACUUAAAACUGCUAACUAGAAAUUGCGCUAGCCUAACUGCUGCGUCCGCAAAAGAACCCAUAGUCAUAACGGAUAGUACCGAGCAAAAACAGAAACUGAUCAACAAAAUUGUUUCGUACCAAAUGGACAACGGGUUCAAAACAAAAGUAAGACAUUCUUCCAGACAAUUUGGAAAAGUAGAAAGAAAUAUGGAAGAAGACGCUGCAAGUGGAAUCAUCAAUAAAAAUAAAGAAUCGUUCACGAUCACCAUACAGGGUAAAGAAAAACGAAAAAAGAGCUGCGAAGAAAUACAAGAGGAAUCUUCCAAAACGAACAAAGACUUCAUGCGUAUCAAGAUGGUGAAGAAAAAGAAAACUGUUACGUCAACAACUGAUCACUCACAAUCGGAAUCUCACUGCUCAAAGAAGAAUAGGAAGAGGGAACAUUCCAAUGAUGUGCAUCGGAUAACGAAAGAAUAUAUAAAAAAAGAGUAUAAGUUGAACAGUGAUCUUCUAUGUGCUAGCUUAGCUAAGACUUUAUUGGAAAAUAAAUAUAACAUGGACCAGAAUCUGGACUGCAGAGGAAAUUUGGAUCUCGCUUAUCAAAGAAUGGCUAACUUUUGUUUGUUUCGUGAAUGUUUGAAAAAGGAGAAUUGUGAUUGAUUUAUCGUAAUCGUUUCAUGAAUGCUAAGGCAGUAGAAAGCAUUACUUCGCUGAUUCAGAGAUUUCAUUUCUUAGGUAUAUAUUCACAUUUUAAUCAUGUUCAAGCAAGUGGGUAGUGAAGUGUUCAAGGUUUUCAAUGAAAUAUGAGAAAAUAUAUAGUUGAAACAUU